CUCUCCCACCCAUCCUCUCUUUCCCACCAAAAGUUAUAUUUUUCUUCCCCUUUCCCCUCCUACAAUUUACAAAAAUGGCCAAGAAAGAAAAGACCACCGUCAAGGCAUCCGCGCCUCCCGCCGUCGCUGCUAAAGCCAACGCAGACAAGAAAUCAUCUAAAAAGGUAAAAGAAGAGGUCCCCCCUGCUCCUGCUCCGUUCACAGCCACCAAAGAAAAGAAAAAGUCCAAGAAAAAGGAACCUACUCCUCCUCCUGCCCUUUCCGAGAGCUCUUCAGAUGAAGAGGACGAAGAGGAUGAAUCCUCAGAUGAGGAAUCAUCAGAAGAGGAUGAGUCAUCAGAGGACGAGAAAGUACAAGUGUCCGCUGUCACACCGGCCGAGGAUGAUUCGUCUGAUUCUGAGGGAGAAAGCGAUUCUGAUGAUGAGCCAAGUAAAGCGCAAGGUGUAAAAACCAAGCCCGCGGGCAAAGAAGACAGUGACGAUGAAAGUUCAGACGAGAGCGACGAGGAGCCUUCCGCUCCUGCCAAAGACGCAGAGAGUGAAGAGGACAGUGAUGACUCUGAUGAUGACGAGGAGGACGAGCUUGAUGAAGAGGAGGAUAAACCUGCUGUCAAAUCUGAGAUCAAUGGGCAUGGUAAACGUAAAGCCGACCAAGAGGCUCAAGCUCCCGCCAAAAAGUCUCGCACUGAUGGGGAAGCCGAACCCACUGCCAACGUCUAUGUCGGUGGUCUCUCUUGGAACGUCGACAACGAGUGGCUCGCGUCAGAGUUCCAGUCUUGUGGUGAAGUCGUCGAAGCCCGUGUCAUGUUCGACCAUCAAAACCAGAAAUCUAAAGGGUUCGGUUUCGUGCGUUUCAAGACAGCUGAAGAAGCUGCCAAAGCCGUCGCUAUGACCGGACACGAGAUCGAUGGUCGUGCUAUCCGAUGUGACUUUGCCGCCGAAAAAACCGACAACCCUGUCGAGCGUCGUGCACAAAAGUUCAAUGACCAGCGAUCAGCUCCCGCCGCUACUCUGUAUCUCGGUGGUCUGAGUUAUGACCUGAACGAAGAUGCCGUCUAUGAAGCGUUCGGAGAUUUCGGUGAUAUUCAACGUGUCAGUCUUCCCACCGAUCGCGAGACUGGUGCCCCAAAAGGUUUCGGGUAUGUCGAAUUUGCCGAUGUCGAUCAAGCUACCGCCGCUCUGGAGGCCAUGAAUGGCAAAGAGCUAUCCGGUAGGAGGAUCCGAGUAGAUUACUCCGGUCCCAAGCCUGAUAGAGAAGGUGGCGGCGGCGGCGGUGGUCGUGGAGGUUUCCGUGGGGGACGUGGAGGUGGCCGUGGCGGAUUCGGUGGAGACAGAGGAUAUGGAGGUGACAGGGGUGGUAGAGGUGGAAGGGGUGGCGGUCGUGGUGGUUUCGGUGACCGUGGUGGUGGUCGUGGCGGUGGUAGAGGACGCGGUGCUCCCAGAGGGGGUGCUAGAACCGGUGGUAUCGUCCCGGCUUCAGGAAGUAAAGUGACCUUUGACUGAGCCAUCGUCAUAAUCUGCUUCGACUAUCUUCCCCUUCUCAUGUUCUUAUAUCGUGAUACCCAUCUCGUUCACUUUAGUCUUGGCCACUUUCUGUAUGCAUAUGUGCCUCGCG